AUGGGGAAGACACAAUUAAUGAAGGAAAUUAGAAAUGAUAUUUUUAUGAUAUAUUCAUACUUUCGUGAAAGUUCUACUGGAGCAGCAUAUUUAUGUGCAUGCUUGGUAUCACUAGAAAAGUCUCAAAUGGAAUGUAAGGAAUAUUGGAAGUAUCAACAAUUAUUUAAAAUACAAAAAACUAUCAGGGAUAUGUCUCACACAAUUUUUCAUUCUCUAAAGAGUUCAUAUAAAAAGCAUAAUAAUGAGAAUGAAGUACAGUUGUUAAUAAAAGAUGAAUUGAGAAAGCAUUACAAUAAUUUUAUUGUAAAUCAACAAACCCAGCUUGAUAAGAUUACAACAAAACUAAAGUUAGUCUUUACAUUUGAUGAGGCACAUUCUUUACUCCCAUUUGAAGAAAGAUCAAUAGAUUAUUAUUAUUGGCUUAGGAUCACUUUACGUGCACUUUCUGAAGUGCAAAACCAAGAAUGUCUUAUAUUUUCUGUUAUAACAGACAUAAUGGGAAAAUUAUCUAAUUUUUUACCACAGAUUAAACAUAAUCCUUCCUUACGAGUGCAACAUAGAAGUCAUAAGUUGUAUCCUCUAUACUAUCUUCUUGACACAUUUGAUGCUCAUGUUCAUACAGCUGCUUUGACACCAGAUACUUUAGAUGAAACUGCAAAAUCUAUUUCCAUUCUUGGUUCACGCAUCCAGCUUGAUAUUUCUCCUCAAUCUGAGCUUGCAACUACUUUAGUUUCAAACUAUAUGUAUUUGAUAAUGUAUGUGUCUGAAGAUCGCCAAACAGUUAUUAUACAAUCUUCAUCUGAACCUCUUUUGACUAUAGCAGUAGCAGCAAUUAUGAAUCAGAAUAAUGCUAGAAUCAAUAACAUUCUUAACUAUCUUGUUCAGAGAAUCAGAAAGGGAUCUGUUUUGCGUGGAUAUCGUGAUGAAACUAUAGCUCAACUAAUUAUGUUAAUGUUUGCAGAGUCAAUAAGGAUUUUUGACUAUUUGAAAUCUCUGAUUGUUAAUGAAGUUUUUGAAGAUAUAUGGAAGAAAAUAGAAAAUACUGACUUAACAAAUGGAUGGAUUCAUUUCAAUCAUUUUGUUAAAAUCACAUAUACCCCAAUAAAACUUAACUUAUUUGAGUUUGCUAAACGUGAAGUUGUAGCUUAUUGUAAAGAACUCCAGAAAGGUGCUGAUUUGAUUAUUCCAGUUUUGAUUGAUGAAAAGUUACAUUUAGAUAAUGUUACAUUCAUAUUGAUACAAGUAAAAAAUCACUCAAAAAAGACAUUAUAUAAAAUAGAAACUACUCUUAAGCUUACACCUGAAUAUAUGGAAAUGGAGGAUUUUAAAGAUUUUAAAUUACCAUAUCUGUCAUUAUAUAUGCAAAUUAGUAUUGAUCAACAUAAUCAUGAGGUUUUAUCAACAAGAAAUAGGAAUCAAAUAUCUGUUGCACUUUUUGGGUUGACUAGAAAGUUAUAUAGUUGUUUGGAUUUGAAAAUGGAAGAUAAAACAUUUGAACUUGAAAAAUCAUUGAGUAAUUUGCAGAUAGCAUCUGUAAAUUUGAUGGAAUUGAUUGAAGAUGAAGAUAAGAGAAAGAUUAUUCAUCAUAUGCAGCCUCUUGUUUAUGAUAAGAAAAUAUUGAAGAAAAGGAGAUUGAAAUAA